AUGGCUAGCCACGCCGCCCGCAUGUCCUUCAGCAACCGCAGCGUGAUGCAGUCGCAGCAGGCACCCACCGCGACCUCUCACGCAUCGCGCGAAGAGUGCCGCUUAUCUAUCAUCAAGGAGGCUCACGACCCCACUUCUUCCACCAAUAAGCCUGCCAGUGAGGACGUUGUGGAGCGCAUUCUUAAGGCGACAGACCCGAAUGUACGAUCUAUACCGGUGUACUUUGAUUAUAAAAAAGAGGCCAGAACGUACAAAUUCUUUUCGAGCGUCGGAACCGUUGCCACGCACUUUUCCCUUGACGGUCUAGCCAUUCGAAAGGUUUCCCCAGAGGCUAUCCAACAGCAGGAGGAUCGCCAACGCCGACAAAGGGAAACAGAAGAGGCGGCAAAAGCUGAACUCAACCCGGACCAGGCUAAGGAUUUUGUCUCCACCAAGAUUUUGAAAAAUCAGUUCAACUAUAGUGAUCGCGGAAGUCAGACGAUGAACAACCCUAUUAAGAAUCGUUCGGUGGUGACAGACCCACCGCCGGCUAUUUUAUUCGGCGCUAUGGCCACCGCUUGGGCGAUUUACGACGCCUACGAGGCCGACCGCCUGCAGAACGAGAAGGCAUCCGCGGUGCAGCGUAAGGUGGCCGCGGGGUACCGCGCCGGCAAGGACGAGGACUCCGCUUUCACGAUCACAGGAAGCACGGCCAGCUUCAAUGGAGAAGAUGCCGCCGCUGAGACCCCCGGCUCAGGCUACAAUGCAAUGCAAUCCAAAGCCUUUGCGGGCGCACUCAAGAUCAUGGAAAGAAUGGUGAAUCAAAAUGAUUGUUUCGAUAUAAUAGAUGACUUCAAGUUCUGGGAGGAUCAGAGUGAUCUUUACAAGGAGGAGGGCACGUUAUUACCGCUGUGGCAGUUCUACACCGAGCGCUCGAAGAAACGCUCCGUCACCUGCAUCGCGCAGAGCAACAAAUACAUCGACUUCUUCGCGGUUGGCUACGGAAGCUACGACUUCCAGAAGCUGGGAAAGGGCAGCAUCCAUUGCUUUACUCUCAAAAACGCCGUUCCGACGGUUUCAAAGAACUCCCCGUCGGCGCACCCUGAGUACAGUUUUCUUAUGGAAAGUGGCGUGUUAUCCCUCGCCUUUCACCCAAUCCACUCACAUCUCUUAGCGUGUGGGCUCUACGACGGUGCUGUGUGUGUGUUUGACCUCCAUAUCAAGGACGAGCCGCGGCAUCAGAAGCCGAUUUACAGCGCUACGGUGCGGACCGGCAAGCACACGGAGCCGGUAUGGCAGCUCUACUGGCUGGACGAUCCGUCCGUGCUCUCCUUUAAUUCCAUCAGCACGGACGGCCGCCUAACGAACUGGCAGCUGCACAAGAAGGAAUUGGUGUCGAAGGAUAUUAUGAUUCUGAGGACCGACACCGUCGCGCUCGAUCCGGAGGGGAUGCUGCUAAACUACCUCAGGGGGAUGUGUAUGGACCAGUCGCCAGUGUACGGGCAGAUGGUGGUGGGCACGCAAGAGGGCGUCGUCAUGCUCUGCACCGCCAACGUCCAGAACUUAGAGCGUUUCGAAGGCCACAACAUGGCCGUCUACACCGUCAGCUGGAACCCCUACCACCCGGACGUCUUCAUCUCCUGCUCAGAGGACUGGACGAUCAAACUCUGGCUGAAGUCCUCCGCAAUGCCGCUCUUGACGUUCGACGUGGGUGACGCGGUUGGGGAUGUGGCGUGGGCACCUUAUAGCUCCACUGUAUUCGCCGCCGUCACGUCAAACGGGAAAGUCAUUGUAUUUGACCUCAACCAGAAUAAAACUGAGCCGCUUUGUGUCCAGACGGUUGUAAAGAAUGCCAAACUCACUCAUGUGGCCUUCAAUAGGGUGAAUCCCAUAUUAUUGGUAGGAGACUCUCGUGGUACUGUUCUUAUAUUGAAACUCUCUCCUAACCUUCGUAAGCGAAUCAAGCCGGCUAAGGGAGAACGCUUCGACGACGCCACGCUACGUCGUUUAGAGAUGGAAAAGUUAGCUCGCUUAAUUGAUAUUACACUGAAAGAUCGAGUAUUGUUGGGGAUGUCUAAGUAG